AAAAUAUGUUAAAACCCUCUUAAAUUUGACUUGAAGGUAUUGUGGGAACAGCAGUCGUGUUACCUGAUUACAGCUCUUGAUAAACUUCCCUGUUGUCCACAAGUUAUUCAUUAACCCUUUGCGAAGGCUGCAGGUCAACUAAUCCAAAUGAUUUUUCAUCUAUAAGCCAAACUGUACUUAUACUGUACUUAACUGGUAGCGCAUGGUUCUCAUGGGUUCGAUACCCAGGGCAUACAUGUACUGAAAGAUAUAAACUUUUGCUUUGGUUGAAAGCAUUUGCAAAAUACAUAAAAGUUAACAUUGGUGUCUUUUAUAGCUUUUCAUCAUGCUAAGGCACACCCCUGACCUGCUUGCUUUCAACGAAUUGGUUUCAUUGGAAUUUCAUUAAGUUUGUUAAUUGCAUUAACCUUCGCAGUUUGCAUGCUCGCUGCAUGCCCAAACUUGGUGUUUGUUUGGUAAUGAAUUCUGUAACUGGCUGAGUGGAUAUCAGGUCUUUGCUUAGUCUAGCGCAUGGUGUUGAUUAACUAACCUGGGAAGACUUAGAUGACCUGUAGUAUCGAACUACAGUGUGACCCAACGCUGAAUCCGAAACUUUCUGUCAAUGGGACAUCGGGGAGAAUGCCAGUGAGACUGGGCAUACUGGCAAAAUGGGGAAGCAGUGACUGGUGAUUUACAUUGGCAUUAAAACGAGAGACAAUUUAUCCAGUUGGGAUUUAUACAGUGACUGUCUAUGGCUGAUCUACUUGUGGCAUUGGCUUGUGGACUGUCUGCAGCAUUUCUCCUACUUUUGCUUGCUGGCUUAUCAGUCUAUCUAUUGUGGAGGAAGAGGCAGACCCAAAGGCUUUACCAGGGACUGAUACCAACCACCCCCACAAUCCCACAAUGCACCACUCCAGUACUCCAGACAUCACAGAGCAGCAGCUAUGGGUCAGGUAAUGUUCCUUUCAUUGUACCCCCUCGAUUCAAGACAGCACCUCAUUUAAGGGAGGAGAAAGCAGGAAGACAGGAUGCUGAGGAAUGGGAACACCAUCCUGAUCUGCACACCCAGCGAGGAUCUUUAUCAGUAGGCAGUUGGUUUCCUCUCGGUAGCUUAAGGCCAGACCUGUACCAGCUUCCAGAGGAGCCAAGCGAGUGGUCCCUGCCGAACGGCUCAGCUGUUCGUCUGUGGUUUGCUUUGAGAUACCAGGAGGAGAAAGAACAGCUGGUUGUGUCUGUGCUCCGCGCCGCUAACCUGCCCGCUCGGUGCCAGGGUAACAUCGCGUUGGUCAAACUGCAGCUGUUGCCCUCGGAUGAACGUCGUCAUCGUCAGGCCAAAGCACGAAGGAAGGGACGUCAUCCGCAGUUCAACGACAGCUUUGUGUUUCAGGUAUCUAACAGCUGUGUGGACCAAUGCUCUUUGCACAUGAGCUUGUACACUGUGGAACAGAAGAAGCAUCAUCUACUGGGACAGAUUUUGAUACCCCUGAGACAUUGUGAACUACAGGAGACAGCAGGCAAAGUGCAGUGGAGGGAUCUGGACAAUGAGUGUGAUCAACCUUUGUCAAAGAACGGUGACAUCCAAGUGUCAUUGAACUACAAUCUGUCUCUGGACCGCCUCACUGUAGUUGUUCUAAGAGCACGAGGUCUGCGUUGCAGCAGUGAUGCAGGUGUGUGCGUCCAGGUCUCCCUGAAGAUACAUACUCAGGUGGUGAGAAACAAGUGGACCACCGUGGCCAAAGGCAACAAUCCGUCUUUUAAUGAGAGGCUUACCUUCAGACUUUUACCAACACAGCUGGACACAGCUUGCCUGACCUUGCAACUCCAGCAGCCAGUGACAGAGGAACCGGUGUCGUUGGGUGUCGUGGUCAUUGGACCGUUCAUGUAUGCAAGAGGCAGAGAGCUGGACCACUGGAACGACAUGGUCAGCAAACCUCAAGAGCUGGUUAGACAAUGGCACGCACUGGGAACAGUUACCACAGUGAACAGCAUGGAUCAAGUUUAAUUCCAGCCAUCCUCUUUUAAAAGAAUGGUAAAGGAAAGUGUUAUGUUAUUGUUACCAAUGAUGUUAAACUUAACUUAGCACUAUUAAACAAAGGGAAAGGAAAUUUGUUUAUUAUAGCAGAAAUGUGAGAAUGAGGUUUGCUUGUAAUUACAAACAUUUGAAUGAGAGGUUGAUCGCCAAGGUCACAUUUGAACAAACUGUGAAUUAAUGCAUGCAGCAAAAUAUGGUUUUGCUUACACACCAAGCGUUCCCACACCAUUUGUCCAAUGAAUUUGCAUGACUUUUUACUUACUAUCAUUAAUAAAACAUCGAAACGCU